CACCGCGUUUAUUAAAACACUUCCGUUUUCCGGUGUGUCAGUGGAAAAGCAAAAUGGCGGCGUUUGGACGUUUCUCUCAGACUCUGCUGCGCUCUGUUUCUGGGGCUCAGACUCGGCAGCUCUCCGCAGCGGCGACUCACGGAGAGCAGGGAGGGAAGACCUGGAAGCUGCUGACCUUCCUGGUGGCUCUGCCGGGAGUCGGUGUGUGUAUGAUGAACACUUUUCUUAAGGCUCAGCACCACAGCCACGAUCAUCCAGAGUUCAUCCCCUACACACAUCUCCGCAUCCGCAGCAAGCGUUUCCCAUGGGGUGACGGAAACAAGACCCUUUUCCACAACUCCCACCUCAACGCUCUUCCUGAUGGAUACGAGGAUCACAAGUAAAGGACUCUCAGUUUCCUGUCAUGCCGGACCAGAGGGGCCUUUCCUCCCCCCCCUCUCUUAACUCCUGGACCACGCUCCAUCACGUCAGUUUACAGACCCACACGUUUGACCUCUCUCUCUCUCUCUCUCUCGCUCUCUCUCUCUCUCUCUCAUGAGCACAGUCCCUCACGCCUGGACCAGUCUGUGAACUUCAAUAAAAUCUAGAGAUAUCUCACUUAGAAAA